AUGCCAGACCAAUACGACCCGAACACCCUCUGGGUCGCCCUCAACGAGCGGGGAGAAGGCGAUAUCUUCCACGUGUACCCCCGUCUCCUGGCGGAACUGCUGCUUCAGGAGGAGGCCGCGAGGCAGGAUGGAGACACCAGCGAGGCCGAGAGGCUGGUGCUGCCGAGCGACAAGGAGUGGCGGCUGCAGCAGUACUUCCUGUUGGUGGGGAUGCAGAAAGACCUGGAGCUGGAGAACGUAUUAGAUGAAUCGGAAAAGACCCCGAAGCCCCCCGAAGACCCCGUCGAUGAGUGGGCCCCGUGGCGCCUCGUGGUGUCGAUCAAGAACCCCCACGCCCCCCCUCCUGUCGCCGUGCGGUCCCCCCCUGACGGACACGCCUGGGACAUUGCUCAGGUCCUGAAGGCAGCCCACCUGCUCUCGAAACCCCCGAAGAAGGUAGACUUCGCUGACGAACAACAAAUGCGAUGCGUCUACUCUCUCAUCUACGACGUGUUUCGGUAUAAGUCCAUAUUAGAACAAGCUAUUCAAGACAUCGACUUUUUCGGCGACUUCCCAGAGUACGCCAACAAUCACCACACAGUCUGGCUAUUCCUCAUGGAGCUGACCCGCCGGCGCUGGGGCGCGAGGCCUAGAGGCGAGGCCGAGCGCGCGGCGAGGCUUUUGAAGGAGGCCGGCUCGCCCUACCAGGACAUUGAGAAUACGGUGUGGGAGCAACGAGUGCACUUUGCUGCCGCUAUAGCCAGGAUACGGAUUAAGAAUAGGGCUUUCUCACUAAGCCAGCUUCUGCCAGCACACCUGAAGGACGAACCUUUGGCGACGUGCGUGAAUAAGGAAUCUGUCACCGGAUGGGUCAAUACUUUUAAAGCCACGAAAGUAGCGAAUCUUGUGAUGAAGCUCCAUGAGCUGGGGUACUCGUACAGUGGAUCGCGACAGCUAUGCGCGGGAGAGUACAGAUUCGAUCGCGUAUGCCCAAGGUUUAUCACACUGCGCCCUCCAGCUGAUAAGACCAUCGGACAGCUGGACCUGGUCAAGGAUGGGAUCAUCGUGCUGCAGGAGCGUGAAUUCUGCGAAGGCGCCUCAACACUCUGCCGAGCGCUGCGCGCGAACAGUCUCCGCGGUGUAGUGGCUCAGACCCACGCAUCUUCACCCCGUUGUUCGGCGUAUUUAGCUGCUCAGCUGAGGGAGCUAGGGGCGGUGCUGAAGGCCAGUGCACCCACGGCGCCUGCUACCCCACAGCUUGGCAAACUCGUCGUGUUCGGUGCUGGAGACAAGGUGUCCAGUUACGUCGGCGCCCUCAGAGAGCUGGGCAUCGAGGCCUCCGAAGCCCCCCAAUCCGGCGCUCCAGUCUGCGUCAUCAGCGAAGCGGUGUACUGCGACACUCCAGUGGUGACCAGCGCUCUUGACGGCGUGGUGGCUGUGUUGGCUACGCCGCCUAAUUCCUACUCUGCUGUUACUGAUCCUAUUGACCUUGUGUGUGGAAGAGGAGGGGACUUGGCUAUGCUUGAGAUCCUUACGGAAUCCGAAAUGGACGCUAAAGGCAGAGACCGAGUUCAAUCUAUACUUGAGGAGCAGAAAAAAACCCUCAAGACACUGUUAUCAAAGCCUCAGAUUCAGUUGAUUCUGUACGAGACCCACUCGGCUCUCGAGGCCGAAAACCAAGCUCAAGUCACACGGGCCGUUGCCGAGGCCAACCGCCUCGCCCGCGAGAGACACGUGCUGCUCAAGAAGAAGCCUAGAGACCAUCACGUUUAUAGUUCCAAGAAAGAAGUGCCCGAGGUAGCGAGCAUGGCAUCGUCCUGCUCACUGGCGAUGUCGCACGUUGCCACUGACAGAGACCACUCUGUGGCCAGCCAUUCUCGACCGGCGUCUGCUUGUACUAACAGUUCCAGACCGCCCACCGCCAGCGUUCUCAAAAAGCAAACGGACCGGUCCGAGCCGGGCACGCGUCCGGGUACAACCAGCAAGGUCCGGCCCAUCCCGGAAACACCCGUGGCGAACGUACCGCGGGACCCUAACGAUGACAACCCGGAUGUUUAUGUGCCAAACUGUGAUUUGUUCGAAAUCCAGACGCUGCCGAACCUUGGGAACGGUUUAGACAUCAACUAUAUUUUAGACAGAGACGGAUGCUACCUGGGACUUAUUCAGAGGAAGGAGAUCACCCGGCUAGACGCGAAGUACAUGAUUCAAGUCGCGGAGGAGAGGGGGCUGUUCGGCGCGGCGACGCCGGCGCCGGCGCAGACGCGGCGCAAGAAGGCGGACACGAGUGCGCCGAAGCGGCGUCGUGGGAAGGCGGGGACUUUUGAGGUGGAAAGAAUCAACGCCCCGACGUACGCGUCGCUGUCGCGGUCGUCGCGGCGCGGCAGCGCGGCGCCGGGCGGCGCGGGGCCGGGCGCGGAGCCCGGGCCGCCGCGCGUGUGCUCGCGCCACGAGCGCCGCCAGGCCGCCGCCGGCUCCGCGCACUGCGCGUGCGACGCCGGACACAGGUUAUACCCGAGCUACCGCGACCGGCGCAUGUCGGCGGUCGCGGCGGACCCCCCCUCCCCGCCGUGCCGGCGCCCCUUCCCCCUCGUGGUGCACGACGUGCGCCUCACGCGCUGCUCCCAGGACACCCUCGCCCCGCCGCCGGCGCUCGACGCACCCGUUCGCUCUAUCCUCGCGCACGAGAAGACGUAUCGGAACGUGUUUGAUUAUUAG